AGAGUGCGCGGACGUCUGUCCACGGCAAUCGGCGGAAAGGAAAACUUUAUCCAAAGACCGGAAAAAAUAAAUUUGCACUAGUGCAGCGGAAGUUCAACUUGGGCUAUUUGGCCAGUGAAAGUGGCAAAAUAAAAAAGAGAGGGCGAAACAAUAUUUUCAAAGUUUGGCACUUUGGUCGCGGUUGAAUUUGUGAAUAUGAGUAGGCGAUUCCCCGGCAGCACUUGGCUCCUGCUCAUGCAGUGUCUGUGCCUCAGCCGGGCCAGCUUCUCGGAGUUGAAUAAUUCGGAUCCCAAGUUCAGCGGACCCAUCAACAAUUCAACAGUUCCCGUGGGACGGGAUGCGUUGCUCACGUGUAUAGUCCACGAUUUAGUUAGCUUCAAGGUGGCCUGGCUGCGAGUGGACACGCAGACCAUUCUGAGCAUCCAGAACCAUGUCAUCACCAAGAACCAUCGCAUCGCCAUCUCCCACACAGAGCAUCGCAUAUGGCAGCUGAAAAUCCGCGACGUCCAGGAAUCGGAUCGCGGAUGGUACAUGUGCCAAAUCAACACAGAUCCCAUGAAGAGCCAAAUGGGCUACCUGGAUGUGGUGGUCCCACCCGAUAUUGUGGACUACCAAACCAGUCAGGAUGUGGUUCGUACCACGGGAGAUAACGUCACCCUCACUUGCAGUGCGACAGGAGUUCCUUUGCCCACCAUAACCUGGCGUCGAGAGGAAUCGGCUCCGCUCUUGCUUUCAGACGAUGGCGAUUUGGAGGUGUACAGCGUGGAAGGUCAGAAUCUCACGCUGUGGCAGGUGCAGCGUUCCCACAUGGGCGCCUACCUCUGCAUCGCCUCCAACGGUGUGCCACCCACAGUGAGCAAACGCGUCAUGUUGGUGGUCAACUUUGCUCCGACAAUCUGGACUCGAUACGACACCAUCUACGUGGGUCUGGGCCAGAAGCUGACGCUGGAGUGCAUCACAGAAUCGCAGCCCGCGUCGUUAAACUUCUGGCUGAGGGGCUCCGAAUUGCUGCAAGGAGGUUCCUAUGAGUCGGUCACAGUAGAUCACGUCCACCGAAUCGUGAUGCGGAUCACCCUGCGUCCGAUUACGAAGCGAGACUUUGGAGAGUACAAAUGCAGGGCCAAGAAUGCGGUGGGCCAAACAGAUCGGAUUAUAACAGUGCAUCAUAAAGCCAAGAAGCAUGGUCAGCACUCGCAUCAAACUUCCACGCGCGACAGCCAGUUCAUUGUCAUCGAAGAAUACAUAGCCAAUGUGUCCGAUAAGAGCUGCAGUUUCCGACACCUUUGGAUUAUAUUUCUGUGUUUCGCCAAUAAAGUUUCCAUUUUGUGA